GUGAGGGGGAGGGACAGGCAGGGUUGGUCCCUGUGCAGGCUGCUGGCCCAAGUUACAUCCACAAAUGCCUUGGAAGCGGCAGGCUGACAGCAUCCUUCUUCUCACACUCCUGGGUCUGUCUGGGCUGGUUGGCGCAGUCACCAGAACAUACCACAUUGGGAUUGUGGAAGAAUACUGGAACUAUGUGCCCCAAGGGAAGAACGUCAUUACUGGGAAAAGCUUCGCAGAAGACAAGCUUGCAACCUUAUAUCUGGAAAGAGGGCCCAACAGGAUAGGAAGUCUUUACAAAAAGGCUGUUUACAGACACUACACAGAUGAGACCUAUUCCAAGGAGAUCCCCAAGCCUCCCUGGCUUGGAUUCUUGGGUCCCAUCUUGAAGGCUGAAGUGGGUGAUGUGAUUGUCAUCCAUUUAAAGAACUUUGCGUCCCGCCCUUACUCCUUGCAUCCACAUGGCGUUUUCUACAACAAGGACUCAGAAGGAGCCCUGUAUCCAGAUGGAACAUCUGGAAGGAACAAGGAUGAUGACAUGGUUCCUCCUGGCAAAAACUAUACCUACGUCUGGCCAGUGAGAGAAGAAUAUGCUCCUGCCCCAGCAGAUGCAAACUGCCUGACUUGGGUGUACCAUUCACAUAUUGAUGCCCCUAAGGACAUCUGUUCUGGGCUAAUUGGCCCACUGCUGGUGUGCAAAGAAGGUAUCCUGCACAGCUAUUCAGGAACAAGAACUGAUGUAGACCGGGAGUUUGUUAUAAUGUUUACUCUUGUGGAUGAGAAUCAAAGCUGGUACCUCGAUGAAAAUAUCAGACAAUUCUGCACUGAUCCUGAUUCUGUUGACAAAAAAGAUGCUGUUUUCCAGAGAAGUAAUAAAAUGCAUGCGCUCAAUGGAUACCUCUUUGGAAACUUCCCCGAACCUGAUAUGUGCGUUGGUGAAUCAGUGUCCUGGCACCUAUUUGGGAUGGGGAAUGAGAUAGACAUCCAUUCCAUCUAUUUUUAUGGUAACACCUUCAUCAGCAGAGGGCAUCGGACUGAUGUUGUCAACCUGUUCCCCGCCACCUUCCUGACAAUAGAAAUGAUAGUUGAGAAUCCUGGAAAGUGGAUGAUAACCUGCCAAGUCAGUGAUCACCUCCAAGCUGGCAUGCUGGGGCAAUACAAUGUUGGUAACUGCAAAAGUGGUAUUUCUCACCCCAAGAUGAAGGGUCAACAGAGGCGCUACUUUAUAGCAGCUGAAAAAAUUCUUUGGGAUUAUGGUCCUCAAGGCUAUGACAAAUUCAGUGGUCUUCCCCUAAAUGCCUCUGGCAGUGACUCUGAGCUCUACUUCACACAAGGCAACAACAGAAUAGGAGGGAAAUACUGGAAGGCUCGGUACACAGAGUAUGUUGAUGCAACUUUUACUCGAAGAAAGCGAUUCUCUGAGGCAGAAGCCCACCUUGGAAUUCUGGGUCCCGUCAUCAAGGCAGAGGUAGGUGACACUCUAUUAGUGACAUUUGCCAACAAAGCUGACAAGGUCUACAGUAUUUUGCCCCAUGGUGUGAUCUAUGACAAAGCUUCUGAUGCAGCCCCAAAUGUAGAUGGAUUUCUGAAGCCAGGGGCACAUGUUAAGCCAGGUGAGAUCUUCACAUACAGAUGGACGGUGCCUGAAAGUGUCAGCCCAACAGCUGAUGACCCACCCUGUCUGACUUAUCUUUACUUCUCAGCCGUUGAACCAAUCAAGGACACGAGCUCUGGCCUUGUAGGGCCUUUGCUAGUCUGUAAAAGGGGCAUUCUCAAUGCUGAUGCGACACAGAAAGGAAUAGACAAGGAAUUUUACCUACUAAUCACAGUCUUUGAUGAGAAUCUGAGCAGGUAUCUUGAUGAAAAUAUUCAGAAGUUUACCUGGCAUCCCUUCAGCGUUGACAAGGAGGACAAAGAGUUUGUGAAGUCCAACCGAAUGCACGCUAUUAAUGGCUACAUGUAUGGCAACCAGCCAGGCCUAACCAUGUGCAAAAAGGAUAGAGUCUCCUGGCAUCUGAUUGGAAUGGGCACUGACACGGACAUGCAUGGAGUUAAUUUUCAAGGGAACACCAUCCACCUACGAGGGUCUCACCGGGACUCCCUGGCGCUGUUUCCCCACGUCUCCACAACGGCAUUCAUGCAGCCAGACCGUGCAGGAAUCUUCAGGGUCUUUUGCUCCACCCUGCACCACUUGGCAAGAGGCAUGCAUCAGUUAUAUGAGGUCAGCAGCUGCGGCAACAAGGACCCUCCUGAGCAGCCCUAUGGGAUGAUAAGAACCUUUUACAUCGCCGCUGAAGAAGUAGAAUGGGAUUAUGCCCCUAACAAAAACUGGGAGUUCGAAAAGCAGCACUUGGACGCAAGAGGGGAAAGACACGGAGAUAUAUUCAUGAACCACACUGAAAACUGGAUCGGCUCUCAGUACAAGAAAGUGGUUUACAGGGAAUACACCAAUGGAGAAUUUGUAGAGAUCAAAGCUCGACCGCCACGAGAGGAGCAUUUGGCACUCCUGGGCCCAAUGAUUCACGCCGAGGUGGGGGACUCCAUCCUGAUCAUAUUUAUGAACAAGGCCAGUCGGCCCUACUCCAUCUCAGCCCAGGGUGUGGAGGACGUGGAUAGUGGGAAGCGGCUCCAAGUGCCUGUCACAAAGCCAGGAGAAAUAAAAACCUACAGAUGGAAUGUCCCUAAAAGGUCUGGUCCAGGGCCAUCUGACCCAAAUUGUAUUCCAUGGCUUUACUAUUCAACAGUAAACUUUGUGAAGGAUACAUACAGUGGUUUGGUGGGUCCUCUGAUUACAUGCAGAGAAGGAGUGUUGAAUGAAAAGGGAAGAAGAAGCGACAUUGAUUAUGAAUUUGCUCUCUUGUUUUUGGUAUUUAAUGAGAAUGAAUCCUGGUAUCUGGAUGACAAUAUUAAGAAGUAUCUUAAUAAAGAUCCACGAGAUUUUAAGCCCUCUGAUGAUUUUGAGGAGAGCAACAAAAUGCAUGCUAUUAAUGGGAAGAUUUAUGGGAACCUUCAUGGACUUGUCAUGAAUGAAGAUACAAUGACCAACUGGUACCUGUUAGGAGUAGGAGAUGAAGUGGACAUACACACCAUUCAUUAUCAUGCUGAGAGCUUUCUUUUCAAGAUAGGUAAAUCUUACCGAGAAGAUGUAUAUGACCUCUUUCCUGGGACAUUCCAAACCAUUGAACUGUUUGCAGAUCACCCAGGGACGUGGUUGUUACAUUGUCAUGUGUCUGACCAUAUUCAUGCUGGCAUGGAGACAACCUACACAGUCCUUCGAAACAUAGACAACAGGAUUCCAUACUCCACCAAGUCUCCUUCCGGAGGUGCAUCCGGAUCCGCGCCCUCUAACGAACCCGGCGAGGAGCAGCUCUACUUCUUUGGCCAGAGUCUGGAUCCCAGAGGAGCACGAGCAGCCUUGGUCAUUCUCUUCGUCCUCGGCCUCCUCCUUCUGGUCCUCUCGGUGAUCCUCUCGCUCAAGCUGUGCUCCGUGAGGCCGCGAGCUGCGUACCAGGAGGUCCAGUCCUGCGCGCUCCCCACCGACGCCCUGUGACCCCCGUGUCCCCGGCAGGGAGACGGAACAGGGCACCG